AUGCUUGGAGAUGGAAUUUGUAAUAAAUCUUGUAAUGUUUCUUCGUGCAAUUAUGAUUUUGGAGAUUGUAAUAACAAUCAUUGCAGUCCAGACUGUGAACCUUGAAUGAUAGGAGAUAAUAAUUGUAAUAGGGAGUGUAAUAACCAAGCUUGCAAUUGAGAUGGAGGAGAUUGCGAUUGUUCGAGAGGCUGUCAUUCUUAUAUGAAGUCUAAUGGGAUUUGUGAUGCAGCUUGUGAUACAUCAGUUUGUGAUUAUGAUGGAGGAGACUGCCAAAAAUGUGCUCCUGGAUGUCUAAAGUCAAUGCUUGGAAAUGGGGUUUGUAAUCCUGCUUGUAAUGUAAAUGACUGUCAUUAUGAUAAUUAUGAGUGUGGCUGUGCUGAUGGUUGUGGAAUAGAAAGCUAUGGACAAUGCAAUGAUUACUGCAUGAACUCUUUUUGCCGAUAUGAUACUAUUAAUAGCACUUCUAAGUGCCAGAACACAAACCAUAAAUAAAAUGGCACAUAGCUCGAGAAAAAUUAGCUUUGCUCACUCAUGAUAAUAUUUAUGGGUUUUAUUUUUACCUAGAAAACUUCUGCGCAGCAACAGCGGUUUAACUUUAGUCGCAUAGGACUAGAGGACUUCUUCUUAGCCCAUUAAAGAGGCUCGGGUCUUUACCAACUCAGCAAACCGAGGAAGGUGACCUUAGGCGAAGCACGCGCAGGAGCUAGGACAAGAGUGACAGUAACGCACCAGGUGAGAAGUGCGGCUUUGACUAGGGACAGACAUGUCAAGGAAAGCCUGCCUAUACGGUACGCCAUUUUAAGUGGCAGGAUGGCCACUAGUUGGGCUUAAUCCUUAUUAAAAGGGAGUGGGCUCCAUAAUCCUUAAAAACUAAUAUUAAGCUAAGUAAUAACACAAACCAGAUUUUAUUUGCUUUACAUUAUGGGCUUAUAUUUAAAAAUCUUACAGUAAACGUCAGCACAUAUAAUUGUACAAGCGUAUCAAGCUGCUUGGCUACAGAAGUUCUUGAUCCAAACAAUUGUUACUCAAAUUGUAGGAGAGCUGCUUGCAUUAAUUCGUGGAAUAAAUGUUCAUACAAUUUUUGCUCUGACUAUAACUGUCUUAAUUUGACUUAGAUUUUUAUAGAGUAGCUCUCAUCGAGCGGUGUCGAAUUUUCAUGCUCUUGCUUCGCUACACUCCUUUGCUUGCCAGUCAGAUUGUACGAAUUGAAGGUAUGUGCUGCUCCUUUUAGAGAUGGGUUUGCACUCACAACCCGGAAGCAAAGACGCUAGAUGGCCGUUCUGUAUGCUAAUAGGGUUGCCCUUUCCGAAAAUUCAAACUAAAUUUUCUGGUUAGAUUUUAGCCUAGGGAGGAACUCCUGGUAUCGUGCUAGGAUACAUUAAAAUGGCGACGGCGAUCCAGCCCUUUUUCUCAGCACCUGUAGCCUGCGUUCGCGGGGGACCUUGUGGAAGGGGAAAAAAGGCGCUCGGAAUGUGUAUCCGGCUAGGUUUUACCUUGGCACGGUGGAGCGCAACGUCGGAUUAGGCCGACCGCAGCUCAUUCUGACACCAAGGGUUUUGCCUCAGGGGAGAUGGAUUCCAGGGUUGGAAAGGGGAAGCUCAGCAGCAUCGGGAAGGUACCUCCUGAUCAAUCGGGCAACUCCCUAGCGCGAAACUGGGCGUUACGUCCCAGGCUUUGGAUUUCCAUCUUGGCCGACAGUCCUACCAGAAAAUACGACGAGCCUCUCAUAAUACUAAUUAAUGUUAAUGCUAAUGGCAUCGCGCUAGGAAAUUGCCCGAUGGGCCAAACAAACACUCUGUGGUCUUGCUGGGCUAUCCAUUUCCAACUUCCAAGUAUCCCUUUCUCAGGUAAAGCCUUAUCCUGGAUGAGAGCUUGCGGUCAUUCAGCCCGACAUUGCGCUCCAUCAGGCCAAGUAAAGCCCAGUCGAACUUUCUCACCGCAUGCUGCUCUCCACAAAGUCCCCAGGCUCCCCUCUAGCUGCAAGCGUUAAGAGGGCAGAACGGUUAUCCAAGACAUUUUUAAGUGUGACUAUUACUGUCAAUCUUGCAAUUCGUGGGGUGCAGGGGACUGUUUUAAAUGCAAAACAAACAUGUACCAAUUUUAUGGGUAUUGCCUUGCUUCAUGCCCAGGUGGGCAUGAAGCUGUUAAUUUGCUUGGAAAUUAUCCGGUUUGUUUAGUUCCCAAAGACUACUCAACUAAAGAAAAUCCUGCAGUUUAUUAUGUGACGGCAAAGACAAGCACUGACAUAUAUGGUGGAAAUGGGACUUUUUCUAAUCCUUUUACGUCACUUUCUCUAGCUUUGGCUUCGAUUUAUAAUAAUUAUGCCAUUAUUUAUCUGUUGAAUGAUGGGACUCAUUAUCUGACGUGUGUUAGCACAAGCAACCCAAUAAGCACUGUAUUAGUAGACGCCUGCAAUCCUUUAUCUAAAAGUGUCAAUAUCUCAAGCUUGGUCAUUGCCCCGUAUGAAAACUUUACAAUUACAUUAAAACUGAAGCCAGACAACAGAUAAAUAAAAUGGCAUUCGGUUCGAGAGAAAUUGGCUCUGCCAAUUUUCUCUCCCUCAUGGAAUUUUAUUUAUGGGGUUGGGUUUUCUCUCGAGAACUUCUGCACAGCAAUAGUCGUUUUAACUUUGGGGAUAACCAAAGGCACGACUCCUCAGUGCACUCAAGAUUUCGGAGUUUUACCUCUCAGCACGUCCCCACGGGAGGAUGACCCUUAGGCGGAACACGCGCAGGAGCUGAGUCUGGACGAGCGACGGCGACGCGCCGGGUGAGAUGUGCGGCGAUUUAUCUGGCGACUAGCCUCAUAGAAGGCUUGGGUGUGGGCUGACCACAUAUCCAAGAUGGCUUGGUGACGUCACUAGUUGUCGCUUUGACCCUUUUUCAUUAAGGGGUGUGGGCACUAGACACCUUAAAAACUAUGUAACUAAGUAAGUAAGAAGCCAGACAACAAAUUUUUAACUUUUACAUUAUCAAAUACUACAAACCUUACGAUAAAAAAUAUUGUUUUUAGUGGAGAAGAUAUUCUUACUGCAUGCCCAUCAUCGAAUCCUUAUUGUACUUAUUGUGCAAAUACUACUUUAAAGUCUGAUGGAUUUUAUUAUAGUGACCAAGGGACUAACUCCCUCCUGUUCAAAAUAUAUCAAGAUUUUUUGGCUAAUUCUCAAAUAGAUUAAUUUUUUUUUAAAUUUUAAAAUCCAUUUAUUUAAAUUUAAUUUAUUAAAAUUUAUUUUAAAAUGCAAGAUUAGCCGAGAUCUUACUAUAAAAAUUAUUAAUUAUGUAUUAAAAAUAUUCUAUACACAAAAUAUAUAAAAAUUGUUCUGCCUGCUCUCAAUGUUUAAUUUUUUCUCAAAAGGCAAUUCCAAUGUUUUUGUUCACUCCUAAACUGGUAGUAAGCUUUCUACUUAUUUAAGUACGACAACCUGCAGCAGUUAUCGAGCUAAAACUAUAUUUAAUUUAUUUUUUGGAUCAAAAUUGACAUUGAGAAACGUAAACUUCACAAAUUGAAGGAUGGAAUUAAAAUCCAUCGUCACAAGUUAUGGAGGAAAUGUGACCUUUAGUAAUGUAAAUUUUGACAAUAUUAGAUGCUAUUGAAAUCAAGCUGUCCAGCCAGGACAAUCAGCAUCACAACAAAGUAAAUAUUCAGUGAUUUAUUUUCUGGAUUGUGGAGAUCCUAAUUAUAACUGUGGAAGCUUUGACUAUACAAAUGGGACUGUCUCUAGACUCAACAAUGGCUAUGAGUAUGGGGCAGCACAAUUUUCAGGGUUUUUGAGUGCAGAUAAAAUCAGGACCGUAAAGCUGAAAAACGUGAAUUUUGUUAACAAUAUUGUAUAUUCUCCAUAUGUCGCAUCUAGCACUUAUUCUUUGAUAAAGCUAGCUAUAUAUAGGUCAAUUGAAAUUUCUCACUGUACUUUUGAAAAAAAUGCAGCUAAUUAUGGACUUAUUUAUUUGGAACCAAUAGCAUUAGUAUUCAGAAAUGAUGUAAAUUUUAAUAAAGAAUUUAUUGAUUUGCUGCUUUAUCACGUGUAUAUACAUGAUUCUAUUUUUAAAAACAAUUACGGACAAUUUGCAGGAAUUUUAUCAAUUACUUAUCUGUCUGAGCUGCAAAAUAUUUUAUUAGACAAUUUAUUUAUUAAUGGAAAUGGAGUUUUGUCAGGGCCUUUGAUAAUUGUGGAUAACCAAUAUUAUUCUAAUCAAUAUCUGACUGACACAGCUGUAAAUAUAACUGAUACAAAAUCCAAUUUAGUUGAGGCAAUUUUUAAAAAGCGAAAAUUUAUCUUUAAGAGCUCUGUAAUUACAAAUAAUUAUUCAGGAGGAAAAAUAGAAUUAAAGCACUUGCUGUUCUGUCAGAGCCCAUCUGGGGUUAUCGUGCUAUAGAGGCAAAGAUCAACCUAUAUUGACCAUUGGAAUUUUUUGAACACAAGCAAACUUGUUUUGCUGGCUGCAAUCAGUUUACUAUUCAGCUGGGAAAUAACAAGCUGAGUGCAGCUAGUAAACAAGUUUACUGAUGCACAAAAACGCUACCUCCUGUCGGUCACCUUGAAGAUAGGUGAUAUCAGGAAAAAGGAAGCACCCUUGAAGCAAAACAAACUAUGGUUAAAAGUUAAAGCGCUUUACCUUUAUUUAGUCUAUAAGUGACUUUACGACCAGGUGGUGCAUCGUUAAGGAUGUAUUUAGUCACCACCAUAAUAAUUAUCUAGGAGGAAAAGGAAUUUUUGGUCUCAAUCAACUUGUUAAUUUGGAGAUAUAUAAUAUGACUGUAGAGUCAAAUGGAAGUUCUGAGACUCAAAACAUAAAUACAAUUCUAUGAAAUUAUUAUAUAGCUGACAGUAAUAUGUAUACCAAAAGUGCUGUUUCUCGUCCAAAUAGCAUAGAUUGUCUAGCUUUAUGGUCAGCUAGUUCUUGCUAUAGCUAUGAAAUAUCAGAAAGUAUAUUUAUAAACAAUAUUUGUCAAAAAUCGUGCCCCUUUUUAUAUUAUGAGUUGAUUGAGGACCUUAGAAUUACUGAUUGUAGUUUUGAAGGAAAUUCAGGAUCUUCAGAUACAGUUAAGUUUAAGUUUUACUUGCCAUAAGAAGGCUCCCUACGAGAUGGACUACCUUAACUCCAAGAAAAGUGGCCAUGCUAGUUAGUAUACAGAAGGGUGUAAAUGGUGUAAGGCUAAACCAAAAUUCCACCCAUUUGAAAUUUUCUGGCAAAACUUACCUAGCCUAAUGAUCAGCUAAUUAGGUUGAGCAACCCUCUGUCUGAUGCCCCGAUAGUCCCGAUAAGUAAAAUCUGUCUAGCCCAUAUAGCAGGUAAGAAAACCGCCGGGGAGAAACCAAACUUAUUCUUCGGCAAAGCAUCCCCAAGCCUGAAGAUUUACUUCAAAAGGACAAAAGCCUUGCUCUCAGCUUCAUCAGGAUGAUUCAUACCUGCUCCAUAGGGAGUGCAUCUCGGAGACCACUUUCCAUCAACGUCACAUUUUAUUUCUUCAGAUAAAGGAAUUUGUAUAUUAACCGUAGGUGCUGGAAAUGUUUGAAUUAUAAACUCUACCUUCAAUAAUAACACAAAUAAUAAUUCUAGCUCUCUUCGCGAGAUAAAUAGGCUUUUUUUUCAUUAUAACUAUUUUAUUUAAUUUUUGAAUACCAAAUAUCUAAAAAUAAAAAAAAAUUAUAUAAAUCAUUAUUACUUAAGGCCUAUGCUGCCUAAAAUUAAUUAUCAAUAAUAUUAAUAUAAAUUUUUUUUUAAAAAAUUUUGUUUUUCACUUUAUUUAUUACUUUUGGAGAGAAGAUAAGGGCUUCGGCGCUUUAUCUUUUUUUGAAAGCUUAGAAAAUAUUUCUAUAGAAAACACAAUUAUAUCAAAUAAUUCUGCUAAUUAUAGUUCAGGAAUCUAUUUUGAAGGUGGAUCUUUGAUAUUGACUAACGUAACACUAGAGUCAAAUAAGGCGAGCUCAGGACUUGGAGCUGUUUAUUUCUCAGUUUUUACAGGAGCAGAUACUCACAAAAUUGAUAUAAAAAAUUCUCUAUUUAAAGAAAAUCAAAGUCAUGACGUGAAAGGAGGCGCAAUAUAUAUAUCAGGCUCAUUAUUGUCGCAGGAUCCUAUUAACUUAAUAAUAAAAGAGAAUUUAUUUACAUAUAAUUCAGCUCCAAGUGGCUCUGCAAUGUAUAUAGAAAAUAGCGCAGUUCUUACACACGACUCAGUAAUCGAGUCUUGCAUAUUCAGUCAAAAUACUGCUGAAGCAAAAGGAACUAUCGCGAAUUAUUUCCAAUACGGAAUUCUCAAUAUCUCAAAUUGUCUAUUUAUUUCAAAUCACGCUGAGCUUGGAUCUGCCUUAUAUUUUGCGGCUUCAGAACAGUCAAGCCCUGAAAAGUCAAAAAUCAUUUUUAAUUCAUGCAAUUUUACUCUUAAUUCUGGAAUAAAUGUUUUAUGCACUGAUGAUAUGGCAAUUUAUUCUUAUAUUGAGACAAUUAAAUGUAUUUUUCAAAAAAAUGAAGGACUUGCUAUCUAUCUUGUUCAUGACCAUUGAAAAGAUACAGAAUCUAUUAUAGCAAAUUCAACAAUAACUGCUGGAACUGUAUAUUUAACCUCAAAUGCAACAGCUGAUUGUGAGCUAACCACUUUUACGAACAAUACUUCAACACAAUAUGCAGGAGCUAUCAGGGCUGAAGGCAACUCAUAUUUUCACUGCAACCAAUGCGUUUUCUAUCAAAAUAGUGCUGAGUAUGGAGGAGUCCUUUAUUUUGACCAAUUGUCUUAUUUUUCUAUUGAAAAUUCAAAAUUUAACAAUAAUUUUUGUACUGAUAAAGGUGCAGUUAUAUAUGUAAUUGGCUCUAAAACCUACAGUGUUUUGAAAAAUUCUGAGUUAUAUUAUAACCAUGCAGAAUCAGAAGGUUUAAUUUAUUCACUGACGUCAAAUAUUAAAAUUGAUAACUGCAAAAUAUGAGACAAUACAGCUAAUAGGAUUACUCCAGGGAUUUAUUUGACGCUUUCAAACCUCACGAUUAUGAGCUCCCAGUUUAAUGACCAAGAAGGAAAUUAUGGAAGUUUUGUAUAUUUGGCUUCAGAUAGUGGCUUAGUGGUAAAAAAUUCAAGUUUUAAAAAUGGAAAAUCAUAUGAGUCAGGUGGGUCAAUUUAUGCUCUUUCUAGCUCUGUGAGCUUGGCAAAUACCAUAUUUAUAAAUUCCACGUCAAGUGUUGGGAAUGCGAUUUUGGCAUUUUCGACAGCUUUGAAUAUUUCUCAAUGCCAGUUUUUAAAUACUUAUAGCUCAGGCUCUGGAGGAGUUAUAAGUAUUUUUGGGAAUCAUGCUUUUAUUGAAAAAUCUUUUUUUGAAAAUUUCGCUUAUUCAGCUAUUGAUGGCAGUGAAAUGGAAUCUUUGAAAAUAAUAGGAACUAGCUUUAAAAAUAGCCUGGGAAAAGUAGGAGGAGCCAUUAAUUCUAUAAACAGCGCUUAUAUUUAUAUAGAUUCCUGCUAUUUCAAUAACAACACAUCUAUUUAUGGUGGCGCUUUAUAUUUCACUUUUACGUCAAACACUAUUAAUAGCCAAAACUAUGAAAUAAUUUCUACGGAAUUUGUAAAUAAUACGUCGUCAGCUGGAGGAGCGAUUUAUCUGAAUAAUAUAAACAUUGAGAUAAAAUUUUGUGAAUUUUAUGAAAAUAAAGCAUUUAUGACUUCUCAAAUAUCUGGAUUUACUCAUGAGUCAGGGAUUGGAGGAGCAAUAUAUUUUGGUUGUAGCUAUUCAGGAGAAUGCAAUUUUAAUGUGUUUUCUAAUGUUUUUGUAGGGAAUUCAGCAGAUUAUGAAGGGGGAGCAAUUGAUUGAUUUGACGUUAUGCCAAAAUUCGUAAAUAAUUUAUUUGAGAAUAAUAAAGCGAUAUAUGGCGAAAAUAUAGCGUCUUAUCCUGUGAGUAUGAAAAUUAUUAACAGUAAUUGGACUGGAGGACUAAAUGAUUUGGCAUCUGGGCAGCUAACUACAACCCCUUUAGUUAUUGGUCUUAUUGAUCAUUUAGGCUAUAUUGUUUCUACAGAUAACUCUAGUGUGGGGGAAUUAAUAUCACUUUCACAAGAUAUAGUUCUAUCAGACGAGCUAAAAGUUACAGCAGUCAAUGGGAUUUUUACAUUUUCCUCAUUUAUAAUCUCAGCUGAGCCUGGAAGCAAUUUUUCUAUAGAAAUUCAAACAAAUGGUAUUGAUGCGUCUAAAAGUAUUAAAGCAAAUGAUGGGCUGACUUAUAAUUCAAGCAUACUUGUAGAUGUAACAUUAAGAGAUUGUGUAUUAGGUGAAGCUAAAGUUGGCACUAAUUGUGUGGUUUGCCCAAAAGAAUUUUAUAGUUUAAAUCCAAAUAGUGAGCAAUGUUUAGCAUGUCCUGAUGAAGCAAUUUGUUAUGGAAAUUACACAAUGGUACCUAAGCCAGGAUACUGAAGGUCUGAUAUGCUAACUCCCCCCCCCCUCCGUGAGCGAACAAAACCAUUAGAAAAAUCGCCAUUUUUUGACCAAAAACCCACCCUCCGUGAGUGAACAAACAUUUUUUUAAUAGAAAAAAUUUUAAUGGAAAAAAAUUUUGAUAUAUAAGUGAUAAUUAGUAUAAUGAAAUCUAGAGCUAAUUCUGUUUAAUUUAAACAAAUUGCGUUUUAAAACAUAAAUUUUGCAAAUUAAAUUAAUAUUUGCUUCCCAAUUUUUGCAAAUUAGGAUUUUUUUUAAAUUUCGAAAAAAAUAUUUUUAUAUAAAAUUUAUAUAUAAAUUUUUUUUAAAAAAAAAAAAUUAACCCCCCUCCGUGAGUGAACAAAAUUUUUUUGUUCGCUCACGGAGGGGGGGGGGGGGGAGUAAGCAUAAAAUUUUGAUCUUGUCCUUAUUCAAAUGCCUGCAUCGGCUCUGAUCUACAAAAAAUAUCUUAUACCGGGAAAUGCCUUGAAGGAUAUACUGGAAACCUAUGCCAAAGCUGUGCAUCAGGCUACUCUAAGGCAAUGAAAAAUCAAUGCGAAAAGUGUCAAAGCCUAACUAUAAUUAUUAUAAAAACAUCAGGAAUCGGCCUUGGAUUCCUCAUACUUUGUUGUUUUAUGAUUAGAAUGACAAAAAAAUCUGCAUAUAGGCCCAAAUCUCUUUCAAGCGUUUAUAUAAAAAUUUUUAUUAACUAUAUUCAGCUUAUAGCUCUAACGACAACUUUUAGCUUAUCAUGGCCAAGUUACGUAAAACACUUAUUUUCUGUACAAAAUAAUGCGAGCUUUAUAAGUGACCAAAUUUUUUCAUUUGACUGCCUUUUAUAUUAUUAUGACGACUUAAAAGGGGACAACGUGAUUUUUUACCAAAAAUUGUUUAUCAUGGCUGUUUUGCCUAUUUUUAUACCAAUUAUUUCGGGUAUUUGUUGAUAUUUAAUAUCUUUAUGCAAAAAAUCUUUUGCUUUAUUUAUGAACAAUAUCGUGACAACUUCAAUUAUUGUUGCGUUUUUGAUCCACCCAAGCUUAAUAAAGUAUUAUUUUAGCUCUUUUGAUUGUACUGAGCUCGAUUAUGGCAAAGAUUGGCUUGUUGACGACUUGAAUUUAAGGUGCUGGGACAGUCAGCAUGUGUUUUAUAUAGCAGCUAUUUCUUUUCCAGCUAUUCUGCUAUGGGGAAUUGGGAUACCAACAACUUGCUUAUUUUUAAUUAUGAAAAAUAAGGAUAGACUCAUCAAUAUAAAUAUCAGAAUCAAAUAUGGAUUUUUAUUCAAUGGGUAUAAAGCUAAAAGCUAUUAUUGGGAGUUUGUAAUUAUUUACAGAAAAAUUAUUAUUAUUAGCUGUUCUGUGUUUUUAGCAACGGUUUCAGUCAACAUCCAAGCUCUGACUACACUUUUUGUAUUAGUUGCCUGCCUAUAUUUUCAAUGCAAAAUAAAGCCUUACAACGGGGAUGAUUUAAACAGACUUGAAGCCAUUUCUAUUUCAGCCUCCGCAAUAACUAUAUAUUGUGGAAUGUAUUAUUUAACUGGGUCUCUUGAUUGAUUUACUGAGCUUAUAUUUUUCAUCGCCAUUAUUUCAGCAAAUUUAUAUUUUGUGAUUUAUUGGGGUAUUAAAGCUGGAAAUGCUUAUAUAACCAUGAUAGUCGAAAAAAUCCCAUUUUUGAAGAAAAAAUUCCAUCCCGCAAACUACAAUAUCAUCAGUGACUCUUCUUUUAGGAAUGCUAAAACAAGCAGAAUCGGAGAAUCUGCUCGUGAACUGAUGCUAAGAUCUUAUCGAAAGGAAAAUUUAAAUCCCCGAAACAUACCUUUUAAAGAAAUUAGUAUAAUGGAUUUAUUUUUAGGAAAUUUGAGAGGAGAAUUCAUUAUCAAAAAUAAAGAAAUUGAAGAAAUAGAUUUUGAAGAAGAUAAGCAAAGCAAUCAAGAAAAUAAUAGUAAACAAAAUAAGAGAGUAGAGAUUGAUAUAAAAGAAAACAGCUUUGAAGAUAAAUAUGUGAAUGAGAAAAAUGAUAUUGAGCAUGACACAUCUAAGGAAGUGGAAAGUAAGGUUAAAGACUAUGAAGAAGAAAAAAUUGAUAUGGAAGAAAUUGUUGUACUUGAUCAAGAUUUGCUUAAGGCUGCUCCAAGUGAGUUUUCAUUAGUUGUGAAUGAUUUACAAUAG